AUGUCUGAUAUUUCAUACUUGACAGUAUACAAUGCUCAUGGGGGAUCGUUCCUUAAGAUACCGAAACCAAUCAGAUUUCCUACCCUACCAGAUUUCAAGAACUAUCUACUGCAGUCAUUUUCCAUAGACAAUGUGGAUGAUUUAUUCCUAUUGAGUUCAUUCGGCAUCAAGAUCAAUUACAACUUGAUUAAUGACAUCUCUGAGGUGUUUGUAUAUGAUAAACGAUUGUUUAUAUCGGACAUUGAUCGAAAAUUGCUCGAUUCGUAUAUAUUACAUUCUGUGAAAGACGAUAUUAGUCCACCACAACAGCUACCAUUGGCUGAUACUCGCAAGGCAUAUUCCAGUGAUAUAUCGAAUCGAAUCAAACUUUAUCAAGCAUGGGCUAGAGAAAUACUACAAAUUAGCAAUGCACUUGAAAGCCGUUGUCUGUUGCUAAUACAGCAGAUUAACACCAUUUUCAAGUCUUUGACAGCAUUAUUCCAAUUUGCAACGAGCUUCACGACAGAGGUUGAAAAUAAUUUCAAUCAUCACUACAACUACAUCAACCUUAUUAGUUUCAAAACAUUGCAUAAAUCCUGGACGGAGAGUUACAAAAACCUACAGCAUCUCCAUGUUGUAAAAAUCAAAGACAAAAAGUUCAAGUUGGUUGACUUUCUUGAUUACGAAUCUUUAGGUAGAGCAGCGGCGUUUGUGGCGAAACAACUCCCUUUGAUCACUGGGAAGUUUGGUGAGUUGAACAAUACAGCUAAGACAAUGAAGCAAGACAGGGCGAGGGUGGACGAACUUAUCGAAAAGGCAAGAAAGGAAUCCAUAGAGCGAUUUAAGGACACAAAUUUGAACGAAAUGAUGGAAACCGUGAAGUCGAAAGCUCAAAGUGUUGCCGCUGAUUUUUCAAAUGUACAGGGAGUGUUACUUGAACAAGUCUUUAACCAACAUAAAUCUCGGACCUCAAUUGAACUCAAGAAUGCCGCUGAUGAUUUGUAUAGGUACUACUUGAGCCUAAAAGCGUUCAGAGAACAGCUCAUUAGAGAUGGACCAAAAAUAUAUUCCAUUAUUGCUAACUUACAGAUGAAAACCGUCAACCUCAAAACUGAAAUAAAGUCUUUGAUGGAAGACGAAAUUGCAGAGAAAUCAAACACAAUCAACCACCAGACAAUUCAAGAUGUGAAAAAAUGUGAGGACAUGUUGUCUUUGACUAUUGAUAUGCCAUUAUUGUUCGGUUUUGCUUUGAUUGAAAAGAGGCGACAAUUUGAAUGGUAUGACUUUUAUUCCAAGGGAGUUGUUCACAAUUUCAGUGAGCAGGUCACUUCAAUUGGAGAACACGAAAGAGCGUUCAGAGAAAUGUGGAACAAAAAAGUGGGGUCUUUUCUCAAUUACAUCAAAGAUGACAACUUUGUGGGUGUAUUACCGAACGUUGACAUAACCCUUGUAGGGAACCGAGACAAGACUCAAAACUUUUUACUUUUGCAAAAUGUCGAAAUAGACAGGAAUGAUAUCGUGGAUUAUAUAUCCUUGUUGGAGAAGUCACAUGUUUCCACAAAUUUUCAUGAAUUAUUACGCAAGAAUUUCCAGGAUAUGAAACAAUCGACCAACAAUAUGAAGCGAAUCACCAAGCUCAUAUCAUCCUUAGGAUCAGUUUCAGAGUUACAGACGGACAAAAUGGGUAACCAGACAGGUAAAGAGCUGCUGGAGAAUUUUGAUCUUGAUUUGAAUGUUGUAAAUGGAUUAAAGUCGAGAAUCAAGAAACUCGAAAGUCUACUUCACCAACAACAGUAUAAAAAUAUUACCAACUGGCCAGUAUUUCGCAAUGGCAACUAUUCUGACAAUAGAGUGAGUAUGAUACUUGAUUCCAAAGAGCCAUUGUCUGCACCGAUUGUGAAGUCAGAUCCAACAAAGCUUUUGCAAAAGAGGACUCCUUCAAAGGAAAGUGUAUCUUCCAAUCAAUCUCAGUUUUUAGAUUCGUCAGUAGUGGAUAAGCACCUUGAUAAUAUUAAAUUAAGACGGGCCAACACAGAGCUCACUGCUGAGAACGAACAUUUACUCAGAGAGCAAGGUGCCAAAGACGAAACGAUAUUGCAAUUACGACAAGAAAUGGAGAAACUAAAGGCGAGUCAUGCAAAGGAAGUUGAAAGCCUUGAGGGUAAGUUAGCCCAACAUGAGGAGGAGUUUCGACUUUACAAGUUGGAGGGUAAAUUAGAUUCCAAGGAAUUUGAGAAUUUGGAAAAGAAGUUGGAAAAUAAGGAUCAAACUAUUACUCAACUUAAAAAUAGAAUUUCAACCUUGGAGCAAGAACGAACAAAUCAUGAACAAGAAAUGGCCAGUCUUAGUGAGACCAUCACCAUUUUACGAAGCGAAUUAAACGACGCUAAUCGGAUGAAGAAUGAUUUAUUAUCAAAUAUGUCAUCUAAAGAAUCCGAAUUUGCACAAGAGAGAACUACAAACAAGAAUGAGCUUACAAGAAUCAAAUCGAAAUUGGAUGAAGUUAAUGAAGAUUAUGAGAAUCUAAUGGAGUUGACUCAAGUUAAGCAACAAAAACACGAUCAAAUUGCUAAUGAAUUGAAUACUGUGGUUGACACUUUAAUGAAUAAGCUUAAGUUAACAUCGGAGAGUUUUUUUGAAACUUUUAUCGAAAUUUGUUGCAUCUUAGAGUCAAUGGGUCUAUUGUUGAUAAAAGAGGAUGGUAUCUUCAAGAUUAAACGAGUGAAGGGGUUGAAAUCGAAAAAGAGUACUGCAAAUUUGGAGGAUGAUGUAUCCUUCGUUUCUGUAGCUGCAACACCAACUUCAAAAGUGAUUGAAGAUAUUGAAACGUCAAUGAAAUGGACAGAAGAAAUAUCAUCAUCACCCUAUCUACCACCAGACAGUUCUUCCGAUGAUAAUGAGAUUGCAAAUGUCGAAAAGUACAAUGAAGAAUCAGAGAAGCUAAUAUCCAGAUUCAAUAACAUAUUUGGUGGUGAGAAACCUCAAUUUGACUUAUUUAUAAAGCUUAUCAGCUUUAAAGAUAAUAUUCAAUUAGCCGAUGAAAAUUCAAGCAGUACAGGAUUCUUCCUCAAUGCUAUAUCCAAGAGAUUUAAAGAUGUUGAAGGUUUCGCUAAACGUCAAACAAAGGAGAAUAAAUUAAAAGAUCAAGAGAUUAGGAAGUUGGCCUCACGGAACAAACAUAAGAUUUCAAUCAAUUCUUUCCAAGAAAAUGACUUGUUAUUAUUUCUUCCAACUAGGGAUGAUAAUGUCAUGGGAAAUCACAACGAAAGUAUACAGCCAUGGGCUGCGUUUAAUGUCGGUGCACCACAUUAUUUCUUAGAUACUUCUAAUUUGAACUUGAAUGGUAAAGAAUGGAUCAUAGGAAGAGUUCAACUGAUUAAAGAGAAUAAAGUAUCACCUGAACAAAUAAAGUCGUUGGAGCAUAAUCGAUUUCAAUUGAGUCUAGGAGUUACAUGGUACAUGGUACAAGUAAUUGAAGAUAAGUAA